AGAAGUUCUAAGCUUCGAUACCGUGAGAGUAGCCGCGUCCACUAGAUAGUUUUCAAAUUGAAGACGAAGGAAAAGAUAAGAUCUUUUUCUCAAACACCACCACCUCUGAGGUUUCUCGUGACAGAACCACACCAAAGGUUGUUGCUUGAGUAGUUAUAAUCCUUGUAGAUUUGAACUAACGAUGAAGAAGCAUCACCCCAUCCACAUCACUGUAUUGGAAAUUUCAAAACUUGGGUGAUGGGUUUUUCUCUUGCACAUGAAGAGAGCAACAAUAUCCUCCUAUUUCCAUUAUUUUCAUCAUCAUCAUCAUCAUCAUCAACGAUGCUUGAGUGUGAAAUUGUUCUCUUCUUCUUCUUUGGGUUCAAGUUCAACCAGUACAAGACCUUUUCCUGAUUACUCCCCAAGAAAGCCUGCAAUCAGAGACACUGAGCUUGUGCACCACAUAUCCACAGCCAUCAAGCAACGCCGUUCCGAGCCUCUUCGCCGCAUUCUUAAGCCUUAUGAAUCCAAGUUUAGGCCUGACCAUCUUAUCUGGGUUCUUAUGGACAUCAAGAAUGACUAUAAACUUGUUUUGGAUUUCUUCAACUGGGCACGCUCUCGUAGGGAAACUACAUUGGAAGCCCUUUGCAUUGUGGUUCAGAUUGCUGUGGCUUCAAAGGAUCUGAAAAUUGCACACAGGCUGAUUUUUGAGUUCUGGGCAAAGCCCCAUUUGGAUGUUAGUCAUUCUUUUGCUCAUUUUACUGAGAGGUUGAUAUAUACUUACAAGGACUGGGGUGCACAUCCCCAUGUGUUUGAUGUGUUCUUCCAGGUACUUGUUGAAGCAGGGUUGCUUCUAGAAGCUGGAAAACUGUUUGAUAAGUUGUUAAGUUAUGGUGUUCUUGUCUCUGUAGAUUCUUGUAAUUUGUUUCUGACUAGGUUAUCUAGCAAUUUUGAUGGGAUAAAGAUGGCUAUUAGGGUGUUCAAUGAGUAUCCGGAAGUGGGUGUUUGUUGGAACACCAUGUCUUAUAAUAUUAUUCUUCAUUCUCUUUGUCAAUUGGGUAAGGUAAGAGAAGCACAUAGUCUGCUCUUACAAAUGGAGUUUAGGGGAAAUGUUCCUGAUGUUGUAAGUUAUACCAGUGUUAUUAGUGGAUAUUGUCAAAUUGGACAGCUAGAAAAGGUCUUGAAGCUCAUGGAAGAGUUGCAGAAAAAAGGAUUGAGACCAAAUCAGUACACCUACAAUAACAUAAUUGUCCUUCUUUGUAAGACUGGUGAAGUAAUUGAAGCGGAGAAAGUCUUGAGGGAGAUGACAAACCAUAAGGUUUUUCCUGAUAAUGUAGUCUAUACAACUCUCCUCAGUGGUUUCUGCAAGUCUGGGAAUGUUUCAGCUGCAUACAAACUCUUUGAUGAAAUGAGGCAUAAGAAAAUAGUUCCUGAUUUUGUGACAUAUACUUCCAUGAUUCAUGGGCUUUGUCAAACUGGAAAGAUGGUGGAAGCACACAAACUGUUUAGUGAAAUGUUAAUUAAAGGGUUGGAACCUGAUGAAGUUACCUACACUGCCCUUAUUGAUGGGUAUUGCAAGGCCGGGGAAAUGAAAGUGGCUUUUUCUCUUCACAACCAGAUGGUUGAGAAGGGUCUGACUCCAAAUGUUGUCACUUAUACUGCAUUAGUUGACGGCCUUUGUAAACGUGGAGAGGUAGAUAUAGCGAAUGAGCUUCUUCAUGAAAUGUCUGGAAAGGGCCUUCAACCAAAUGUCUGCACAUACAAUGCAAUUAUCAAUGGUCUUUGUAAGAUAGGAAAUAUAGUGGAAGCAGUAAAACUUAUGGAAGAAAUGGAUUUGGCAGGGUUUUAUCCCGACACUAUUACAUACACUACACUCAUGGAUGCUUAUUGUAAGAUGGGGGAAAUGGCCAAGGCUCACGAGUUGCUGCGAAUUAUGCUUGAUAAAGGACUUCAACCUACAAUUGUUACAUUUAAUGUGCUAAUGAAUGGGUUUUGCAUGUCCGGAAUGUUGGAAAAUGGUGAAAGACUGAUCAAAUGGAUGUUGGAGAAGGGUAUAAUGCCAAAUGCCACAACAUUCAAUUCUCUUAUGAAGCAGUACUGCAUUAGAAAUAACAUGCGUGCCACUACUGAGAUUUAUAAGGCGAUGCAUGCUCGAGGAGUGAUGCCUGAUAGUAACACCUGUAAUAUUUUGAUUAAAGGGCAUUGUAAAGCUAGAAAUAUGAAAGAGGCAUGGUUUUUGUAUAAAGAAAUGGUUGAAAAGGGAUUUAGUCUCACGGCUGUGUCCUAUAAUGCUCUUAUAAAAGGUUUCUAUAAGAGGAAGAAAUUUGUGGAGGCUAGGAAGCUAUUUGAGGAGAUGAGAAUGCAAGGGUUGGUUGCCGAAAAAGAGAUAUAUGAUAUUUUCGUUGAUGUAAACUAUGAAGAAGGGAACUGGGAAAUUACUCUUGAGCUUUGUGAUGAAGCAAUAGAGAAAUGUCUUAGUUGUAAUUUUAUUCAUGAAGAGAUCAUGACAAAGAGUGAGGUGAAGCUGUUGGGAACAUGGGCAAGUCCUUUAGCGUUGAGGGCUCGGAUAGCUCUUAAUAUAAAAGCAGUGGAGUAUGAGUUUCUUGAGGAAAAUAUGGAGUCCAAAAGUGAGCUUCUUCUUCAAUCAAACCCUGUUCAUAAGAAUAUCCCUGUUCUCAUUCACAGGGACAAACCCAUUUGCGAGUCUUUGGUCAUUGUGCAAUAUGUGGAUGAUGCCUGGUCCUCUGGCUCCCCUAUUCUCCCUUCUGAUCCUUAUGACCGCGCCAUUGCUCGCUUCUGGGCUAACUAUAUUGACGAUAAGUGGCAACCGACCAUGAGAUCCAUUAGAGGAGCAGAAGGAGAGGAUGAGAGGAAGAAAUUGAUACAAGAGGUGGGAGAAGGAUUGGCUUUGUUGGAGGAUGCGUUUAUAAAAAGCAGCAAAGGCAAGAACUUUUUCGGUGGUGACCAAAUUGGGUUCCUGGAUAUUGCAUUUGGUAGCUUCUUGGGGUGGCUUAGGGUAACAGAAAUAUCCAAUGGGGUGAAGUUUCUUGACCAAAUCAACACACCUAAGCUGGAGAAAUGGGCUGAAAGGUUCUGUGCACAUGAUGCUGUCAAAGAUGUUACGCCUGAGAUAGGGAAGCUUCUUGAGUUUUCUAAGAUGCUAAGCGCCAAGAUGGCUGCUUCUACUCCAAAGUAAAUGUUCUUUUUUUUUAACAAAUUAGCAGGGCAUGCAUGCAUGCAUGCAGUGUUGCUGAGGUUUUGAAUUUUGUAGUUGGAACUUGAAUACAAGUCUUGUCACUCUUGUGUGCUUCGUUGUUUUGUCG